ACCUUCUCUUAGCUCGGCAAUAUCUCCUGCUCGUGCUCUCUUGCGCUCCUACCACCUUACGCCGACAUGGAGGCAUUCCCAGCCCCCGUCCCAGGCGCAUCUCUGCUGCUCUCCUUCAAGCCUGUGAAGAAAAACGUCCUCAUCAUCGGCGGAAACAACAUCGCGGCAAAACGCGCAUUUGCUGCCCUAGAAGCGGAGGCCAACGUCUUGGUACUUGUUCGGGGAGGUCUCGACGCCGCCUGCGAGGAGUUACGAUGGCGGGCCAACCAGGGUCAGCUAGCACUCUUCGACCUCGACUCCUUGCCAUGCUCCUCUGCUGGACCCUCGGACCACUGGCGCGACGCUAAGGCGGUUGACUCCUUCAUCUACAGGCAGCCGGAUAAAAUGCGCCUAGUCUGCAUCACCGACACGGUCUCGUCUCCGCACGCGGCGUACCGACGUACCUACGAGUCGGCACGGGAGAUCGCACGAGAGUGCCGCCAUCGGAGUAUACCAGUCAACGUCACCGACAUGCCAGACCUCUGCGACUUCACCUUCAUGUCCACCCAGCGCUUCGUAGAUGCGGAGACAGGGACAUCGACCCCCCUGCAGGUGGGCAUCACGACGAACGGGCACGGAUGUCGACUGGCCGGGCGUAUACGGCGGGACAUCGUCGCGAGCUUGCCGAAGGAAAUCGGUGCCUCGGUGACAAAGGUUGGGCGGCUGAGGGAACUGGCUCAGGUCGCAAUGCCGGAAGACGCUGUCGAAAUCCCGGGGCUGAACGAAGACGGCGCGCCAGUUACCCCGAACGAGCCCGUUCCCCAGCGAAAGCAAGAGGAGACAGCCGCCGAACGCGCACGACGGCGCAUGAAGUGGGUCGCACAAGUCAGCGAGUACUGGUCCAUUCGCAGACUCGCGCAUCUCACCGACGCGCAAAUGGACGCCAUUCUGGACGGUCGGGAAGGGCUCAUUAGCACCAGCUCUUCUGUCCGGGACACAGACUCCCCUACGCCUUCUGUCGGAGACAGCGAUAUCUCCACGUCCCAGCAUGACCUCGACCUCGCACCAUCCCGCCGUGGACGUAUUCUCCUCGUUGGCUCAGGACCUGGGCAUCCUUCCCUCCUCACAGUGGCGACCCACGCCGCGCUCACAAAACAUGCCGACCUCGUACUUUCCGAUAAACUCGUCCCAGAGGCGGUUCUUGCGCUAGUUCCUCCUGGUGUCGAAGUGCGCAUUGCGCGCAAGUUCCCGGGCAACGCGGAAGGCGCGCAAAUGGAACUCAUGGAAGCAGCCAUCGAGGCAGCCAACCGCGGGCUGACCGUCGUCCGGCUCAAGCAAGGUGACCCCACAGUUUACGGGCGUGCAGGCGAGGAGGUGAUCUACUUCCGCGCCCGUGGAUUCGAGCCUGUGGUCGUUCCUGGCGUCAGCUCCGUCCUCGCAGGCCCUACCUUCGCUGGUAUCCCCGUUACCCAAAGGGGCGCUGCCGAGUCCUUUAUCGUCUGCACGGGUGUUGGGCGCCAGGGCAAAGAAGUCAAGCUGCCAGGAUACGAACGAGGCCGUACGCUCGUCAUCCUCAUGGGCGUGGCGCGCCUGCCGCAAGUGUUGGACACCCUUCAGACCGGCGAUGCGGAGUCAACUGGACGCCGAGAUGGACCCGCGUAUCCCUCGCACACUCCCAUCGCUCUCAUCGAGCGCGCGUCGAUGCCUGACCAACGCGUCAUUUGCUCUACGCUGAAGGAUAUCUCCGCUGCGUUGGAGAGCGUCGGCGAACAGAGGCCACCGGGGAUGCUCGUGAUCGGCUGGUCGGUGUUGUCACUCUGGAAGAAGGGCGACAUGACUAUCUUGGAAGAUGGCGCGGAGACACACGAUGCGGAGAGGGUGAAGGGGUGGCUCGGGGAGAAACUCUGGAGAGUAAGCGAAGGUCUGAACGCGGAGUGGGAAGGCUGGUGAGGUGGGUAAGUGAAUUGACGUCGGUUGGCUUCUUUGGUCGCUGUAUAACAUCUGUGUACUUGUGCUAUCAUACUCAUGCUAUCGUCUGUAAUUUCUGCACUUAAUCCUGGGCUGUUGUAU